CGGACGUACUAUCACGUUUUCCUCCUCCCUAUCGACGAACAUGCUUGCUCUAGCGCAGAAAAUGUCCUCUCAAUGCCUGGAUCCCAAGGAACACGAUCCCUGCAUUUCGAACGACUUGCAGACAGUCAAUAGUGGAAAUCGCCACAAUUCGGAUACCACGGUAGUACAAGUUGGAUCGCUGGCGCCACAAUCCACAAUGGACACCCUGCAGACACCAGGACCUGAGUCCGGAUGCGGUGACCAUGUGAAGACCACAGAUUCCGAAAGUGCAGUCGGAAGGGACGGUAUACACGAUUUGACGACCGAUUCCUCGAUGGCAAGCAGGACUAGGUACGACAGCGCAACAGAGCCAUCUCCUCGUCCCGAGAGCCCGGACGAGUUCUGGCCAAGAUACGGUGGCUGGCAUAGUAGCUCAGGCUAUCGCUGCAACGCCUGUCUAUUUGUCCAAGGAAGGCGAUGUCUAGGUAGCAGAGAGAAGCAAUGUCCCUAUCUCGUGCAUGCGCUCAAGAUAGAUCGGGAAAAGGUUGAAGGGCUGCCACUCACCGGGUCGGAUGACGACUCUUCAGAUGUAGAAGUUGAGGCUCGCCCUACAUGACUGGCGUCGCUGCAGUUUGGACCAGCGAGCUCUCUUAGCUGAGUUACCCUGUACGCUGCUCAUAUUCCCACAAUUGCUGUUGCAAUCUCAUACCAUGUUACAAGCUCG